CUUCGCCACCUGUAAGAAUUUCCCGCAGCUUUCUUUUUCUCCAUAUUUUCGUAUUCACCGCCCCCCUCAUCUCUCUCUCUCUCUCUAUCUCUCUCCCCCAAAUCCCCUCCCCCCCACAAUUCCCCUCAAAACCCUAACCAUGAGCGCCCAAAUCUAGCAAAUCCAGCUCCCGGAUCCCUCGAGCUCCCGAUCGGUACCCGGAUCGCCCACCAUGGACAGGUACGAGGCGGUGCGGGACAUCGGAUCGGGCAACUUCGGCGUCGCGAAGCUGAUGCGGAACAAGGAGACGCGCGAGCUCGUCGCCAUGAAGUUCAUCGAGCGCGGCCACCGGAUCGACGGCAACGUGUUCCGGGAGAUCGUGAACCACCGAUCGCUGCGGCAUCCGAACAUCAUCCGAUUCAAAGAGGUGGUUUUGACGCCGACGCAUUUGGCGAUCGUUAUGGAGUACGCCGCGGGGGGAGAGCUCUUCGAGCGCAUCUGCAACGCAGGUCGAUUCAGCGAAGACGAGGCGAGAUAUUUUUUCCAGCAGCUGAUUUCCGGUGUGAGCUACUGCCACUUCAUGCAAAUAUGCCAUCGAGAUUUGAAGCUGGAGAACACGCUGCUGGACGGGAGCCCAGCGCCGAGGCUCAAGAUUUGCGAUUUUGGAUAUUCUAAGUCCUCGCUGUUGCACUCGCGGCCCAAAUCGACGGUCGGAACCCCGGCGUACAUCGCGCCGGAAGUGCUUUCUCGCCGAGAAUACGACGGCAAGCAAUCAGAUGUCUGGUCGUGCGGAGUAACUCUCUAUGUGAUGCUGGUGGGAGCCUACCCUUUCGAGGACCAAAAUGACCCGAAGAAUUUCCGGAAAACCAUCAGCAGAAUAAUGUCGGUUCAAUACAACAUACCGGACUAUGUUCAUGUAUCCCAGGAUUGCAGGCAGCUCAUCGCUCGCAUCUUCAUUGCCAACCCAGCCAGGAGGAUCACAAUAAGGGAAAUAAAGAGUCACCCAUGGUUCCUGAAGAACUUGCCGAGGGAGCUCACGGAGACCGCGCAGGCCGCUUACUACAGGAGGGAUAACACCGCCCCGACGUACUCCCUACAAAGCAUCGAGGCAAUUUCAAAGAUAAUCGAGGAGGCGAAGACCAUUCCGAAGGCAUCGCGGUCCAUAUCAGGCUACGGCUGGGCCGAGGAGUCGGACGAGGAGGAAGGCGAAGAGAACCGAGAGGAGAGGGGAGAAGAAGAAGACGAAGACGAGUACGAUAAGACGGUUAAAGAAGUUCAUGCCAGCGGAGAGUUCAACAUUGGCGCGCUGAAGAUAUGAUUGUUGUUGGCUAGAGUAGCGAUUUAUGUAAAUGUAAUUCGGGUUUUUCUUUUGUAUUUUUUGUUCUCUCUUUGUUGUUCUUGGAUUUUAGUAAUGCAGCUAGCAGAACUGGCAUCUAUCUAGGAAAGUGUUUUCUGUGGACUUGUUGCCUACCAUGUUUCUGUUUUGUGUUGUUAAUUAAUUAUUGCGAGUGUUUUUGCACUGCAGAAGCUC